AUGGCACACUUCCAGCACGGCAACAAUCCCCCAAUCCACAAACCCGCGCAGUCACCACCCUCCGAUCCCGCCCACUCCGCCGCCUGUAUCUUCCUCCACGGCCUCGGCGACGAUGCCGCCGGCUGGGCCACCAUAGCAGACCAGUUCCAAUCCGCGAACAAGCUCCCCUACAUGCAAUGGGUCUUCCCCAACGCGCCCGAGAACCAAGACGCCAUGCAGUCAGCCUGGUACACGCCCACACGGCUGUCCCCCUUCCCGAGCUCCAGGCCCGAACUCGAUGACCCCGAGGACGAGGAGGGCAUGAUGAAGAGCGUGAGAUAUGUCGAGACGCUGCUUGAUGAGUUGACAGGCAGAGGCGUCCCACCGAACCGGAUUGUGCUUGCUGGAUUCUCGCAGGGCCACGCGAUGAGCUUGCUCACGGGUCUGGUGUCGGCUAAGUAUGCUGGCAAACUGGCGGGGCUGGUAGGUUUGUCUGGGUACUUGCCGCUUGCGGAGAGAAUCCAGCAGCUUAGGGCCGAGGCGGAGCUGCCGGCCGUGGUGGGAGACGUGCCCAUCUUUUUGGUGAGGGGAAUGAAGGAUAUGUUGGUGCCGAAGAGGUAUUUCAGGAUUAAUAGGGAGAAGUUGCAGGAAUUGGGGGUCAAGGAUGAGGCGGUGGAGGUGCAUGAGUAUGAGGGGCUGGCGCACAAUACGUCGGGUGAGGAGAUCAAGGAUUUGUGUGCUUGGUUGGAGAGGGUUAUGCCGCCUUUGGAGUAG